AUGUCGAAGCCAAACGAACUCCCUUCCGCGGAUGAAACCAACGAGGAAACGAUAUCACUGAACGCUCUCCGCGAGCGUCAAAGAAUCGCAUCCCUUAGCUUUUGGACCGGCCUCGCGCAACAACCAAAGGCUGCUGACAUUGUCAUGUAUGGAGGCACGAAAGUAAGCGGCGUUCUGAGGGGCGGGACCGUGACCAGAGGAGAACCAGACGAUGUCUUUAUGGUGGACGAGCUGGCCACGCCUUUGGGAACGUACCCGGCGGCAAAUAUGCGGGCGUCUGAUGUGCGAUAUGUUGUCAUCAAGUAG